AUGGCCUCCCAACAACCCACAAACUCUACCUCAAUCACGCACAAUGGAGAUGGGACUCCGCCAUCCUCCAGGCGCUGGAUGUACUUCGACAAAGCCCUCCAUCUCGCCAUUGCCCGUGCUACCCACAAGUGGACUGUGCAAGACUUCAAGGAGUGCUUCCCUCUAUGGUCUGAAGACCAGCCGAGAGGCAUCGAGGGCGUACAUUCAACACUGGCAACGUAUACAGAGCGCUUCAUCACGGACAACUGCGCCCGGAUACUGUCUGCUUGCGAUGCGCAAGGCAACAUCGACCGUCUUGACGCAGUGGUCUCCACCGCCCGCGCUCUACACAAAGCAGAUCCUGCCGCACCUCCCCCUCCCGAUGCUUGGCGUGAGAAUCUAUCGCCCCGAACGGCCGUACGGGCGCGAACUGUACCCGCUCUGCGCGCUGAACGAGACCGCAUGCGUCAAGAGCUCGCGGCGCUGGAAGCCGAAAAUGCGAAGACGAUCGCAGAGGUCCAGGCAAACCAGAAACGGAUGGCAGAUGCGCAAGCGAAGAUCAAGGAAACGUUGGAUAUAUUGGAACGUGUAAGCGAAGCUUGGGAAGGGCAAGAUGUUGAGGAGUGGCAGAGGUGGGCGAUGGAGAGCAUUGAACGGCUACCGGCGGGGGAGUCGUGA